AUGCUGGUGUCCUGUUUGGAAGCCAGCCGGGACCUUUGCGAGACGGACGCAAUUCUUUUUGGCGCCGCGUUGGCAGUCUGCCGUAUCAUAGGCGCCAAGGUUUCCACGGCUGAACGCGCUACUGGCCAAAGUAGCACUAUCUCAGCAUGGAGAAGAAGAAUUGAGGAACGUAUCGCAAAGGCUAGAGCUCUCAUCGGCAGACUGAUAUGCUUCAUAUCAGGCAAUAACAGGCCAAGAAUUGUGCGCACCGUCAGGAUGGCGUUAGCAUUGUGUCAUAGGUAUGUCAGUUUGUCCCAGCCGGAUAUAACGCAAAAACUGACGGAGCGCAUAGAUGAUCUGAAGCAGAGAAUCGCUGCUUGGGCAAAGUGGAUUCGGCGAUAUACCGAGAGGUCGACACGGUUCAACCAGAAUCGUCUCUUCCAGAGUGAUCAGAAGAGGCUCUAUGAAUCAUUGGAGCGACCAAUGGUAAGUGGAACGGGCCCAGCACCGAAUCAGGCCGACAGUGUAGUAUUCUGGUGCGGCCUGUGGUCAGAGCCCGUAAACGAAUACAUUGAGGAAAAGAAUUUUUAA